UUUACAACUGAGACGUUUGAAAAUCUGCAUUUUGGCGUCAUAUAGGUGACAGUGUAGUGAGUUCCUGGGUCUCUGGUUCCAUUCCUCUCCCAUCGUUCCUUGGCUGCAAACUUCUCUGGAUUCCAGUUCUUUUAAACUCGGUCCUACCAGUGUCGUAAAUGGCCACUGAAAUGGAAAAACAUACGCCCGGACACCAGCUUGCCGUCCUGCGCAUGUGCCGUGAUCCGAGAGGCGGGGUCGGAGCGUAACCUGAGCGUGGGACUCCGCGCCUGCGCUCGGCUCGCUUGGUGCGGCUGCAGCCGGGAAGCGAUUGGAUUAUGUCUGCCCCAUUUGAGGAGCGCAGUGGGGUGGUUCCGUGCGGGACCCCGUGGGGCCAGUGGUACCAGACCCUGGAGGAGGUGUUCAUUGAAGUUCAGGUGCCACCAGGCACUCGCGCCCAGGAUAUCCAGUGUGGCCUGCAGAGCAGGCAUGUGGCGCUGGCGGUGGGUGGCCGCGAGAUCCUCAAGGGCAAACUCUUUGAUUCUACAAUAGCUGAUGAGGGAACAUGGACUUUGGAGGAUAGAAAAAUGGUUCGUAUUGUUCUUACAAAGACAAAGAGAGAUGCAGCAAAUUGUUGGACUUCUCUUCUAGAAUCUGAAUAUGCAGCUGAUCCUUGGGUCCAAGACCAAAUGCAGAGAAAGCUUACAUUAGAGAGAUUCCAGAAAGAAAAUCCUGGUUUUGACUUCAGUGGAGCAGAAAUCUCAGGAAACUACACUAAAGGUGGACCAGAUUUCUCAAAUCUUGAGAAAUAACCACUGGGGUUUUUUUUUGUUGUUUGUUUUGCUGCAUUCUGUGGAUCCUAGCAGAUAUUGCCAACUUAAUCAAAGGAACAGAUUUAUGUGGUGGAAGAAAAAUGUGGAUGCCUACAGUUAACAAAUUGCAAAAUAUAUUUUAAAAUGGUUCUAAAAAUUGCAUUCAGGUAUGAUUUACAUAGGAAACAUGUCCUGUUGGAAUUAUUCUAUGGAUGUAUGGGAACUUUUUUGGACUUGUUUUUGCUCAGCAUGAAGUUUUAUAUGCUGCAUUUUACUAAUUUCAUAUUUAACCAUAUUUUUAAUAUAAAAAACAUUAGGGUAGAUCAUGUGAAAUGAAAGGGUGCCUUCAGGUAAUAUUAAGUUUUUCUUAAGUGUGAUGUUCAAUAAAAUUUUCUAAAUAGGAA